AUGAAGAAUAUACAACAUGCGACUGGUCUACGAAAUCAUCAGGGAUAUGGUGCUAGAACUCUUAAAGUCCGUAGAAGUGCUUUACUAUCCAUGUCUCCUGCUUGUAAUUUUCAAGCUUUUAGUCUGUACUUUCACUUACCACUGAAAGUAGCGGCAGAGAAAUUCGGGGUUCGAGCCACAGCAUUUAAAAAACGCUGCCGAGCUAUUGGUAUUCGUCAUUGGCCGUACCGUAAGGUACGCAGUCUAAAAAGGUCAUUGCAAGAACUUCAUCAAUGCAAGCACAAAGCUCCAUUGAAUGAUAAACAAAAGGCUCAAUUUGACACGUUCAAGCACCAAUUGGAUAAGCUCAUGGCUCCAGAGACUUAUGGACUUGACCCAUUGGGGUAUCUUCGACCCUACCAACAUCAACAAUUGCUGCUUACCAGUGACGACGACGAGGAACAUACCGAGUCAGACGAAGACGGUUACGACUCGCUCGGGUCGCAGAGUCCUAGUGAUACUUUGAUUGAUGACUGCACUAUCAGUCCCAAAGACGGAGAUAUCAAGACACUGGGCGGCAUUGUGCCAGUUGGGUCGGCUAACCUUUGUACCGGCAGGAGUCCAAUCAUGCAUUUGUCACCGGCACACUUGUCAUUCUUUGAUAACGGAUCAAAGCACGUGUUACAUAACGAAGCAUGCUAUUUACAAGAGCAGUACUUUAGUCAUGACAAUGGCUUUGUCAUUCCCUGUGAAGUCGACAAAGCUACCGCCCUUGUUAUGAAGACAUCGACGCCAAGCCUCAAGAAACAGACGGAACAUUAUCCGUCUAUCGGCUUUGAAAGCAUUGAUCUCGACUUCCUGCCCUCAGAAACAAACGCAAGGUUGCUUGAUGAUGCGGACGAGGAGUUUACAACCGAUGUAAACCAAGUGGACUAUAGCAGUGAACGGUUCUUUGACGACGUCUUCCUGCAAAUCUCACCCGACUACGGAUGUCUGGUCUAA